UUAACUUUCAUAAUGGAAGCAAUGAAGAAAGAGUUUAUUUCUAUUUGGAUUAUUUUUUUGUUGGUCAAUUUGGUUUGUAGUCAACAAAUGAAAAGGAGAGACAUCUUAAAUACUCUGCUGAACACCACAGAAUAUGAUCCCAGAAUCUCGCCUGAUUUUGAGAGAAAUGAGGCUACCGGGGUAAAUGUCCAGCUUUCUGUUAUAAGUAUCGACUCCAUAAAUGAAAUAUCGAUGGAUUUCACCCUCAACGCCAUUCUUCGUCAAACCUGGAUAGAUCCGCGCCUAAAUUUUUCUCAUCUCAGCAAUAUCAGCUUGUUGGAACUGGACCAGAGACGGAUGGGCGAUGUCUGGCUUCCCGAUACUUUUUUCAGAAACGAAAAAAGUGGUACUUUACACGCAAUCACUGUUCCAAAUAAACUUCUUCAUAUACAUAAUGACGGUCGUGUUAGAUACAGCAUCAGAAUAUCAUUAACACUUUCCUGCACCAUGGAUCUGAGAUUUUACCCUAUGGACGACCAAAUAUGCUCCAUUCUCGCAGAAAGUUAUGGAUAUUCUAUUGAAAAUGUGCAUUUGAUGUGGGAACCGAAGAAUGCUGUCAUAAUUCAAUCAACAGAUGAUGAAUACACUUUACCACAGUUUUAUCAACACAAGCCAGUAGAAACAAUCAAGUACUCCAUCGUCAAUCCAUCUAAUGUUGAAUUCUCUGGUCUUGAGGCUAAACUGCAUCUCCGACGAAACCUGGGAUAUUACAUGUCACAAGUAUUCAUUCCGAGCAUUCUUAUCGUCACUCUGUCUUGGAUCUCAUUUUGGAUUCACGUGGAUGCUGUUCCCGCGAGAGUCUCGCUCGGUGUCAUUUGUGUGCUUACCAUGACAACGCAAAGUGCAGGUGUCCGGAACUAUCUUCCACGCGUUUCCUAUAUAAAGGCUAUAGACGUCUGGAUGGCCUUUGGAUUGGUGUUUGUUUUUGCAGCGCUUCUCGAAUAUGCUUACGUAAACAUACAAACAAGAAAGCAUCACAAACAAGUCAAGAAAAGAGAGAAGAAAGAGAAAAAGGGUGACAUCAGCGGAAAAGAAAAUGAUCAAGAUUAUUUUAUGGAAAGAGCUCGUCGUGUCGACAGAGUGUCACGAAUUGUUUUUCCUGUGUCCUAUACGUUAUUUAACAUUGUUUUCUGGAGUGCUUAUCUAUCGAAAUAAACGAUACACAAUAAGUCAA